GAAGUCUGGGCUUGAGUUUGCAUUUUGAUGAAUGGUAAUGUUUACUCUCCAUUACAGUUUAACUUGUUUGUAUGUAAAUGCAAGGCUGAACAGCGGAAGCACAGGCCAGAAUGUGAUAAGAGCGGAAAGAAGUCUGUUAUUUUAAUGUGGAAUGACCCAGUCUCACAGCUCUGCUUGAAUUCAGACCAAUAUGUAGACUUUACCCUGUCCACAAAUAAAGCAUGUGCAAUUUGACUACUUUGGUAGCACUUUAUGUAACACAAUUUUGCAACGUGAUCAUCAGUAUAAUGCACAUGCAGUUUUAAUGUUCUAGUGUUUACAUAGGCUGGAACUGUUCCUUCUGCCAGACUGCUCUUCACAACCCAAAAAAUAUUAAGAAAAUUACUGUUACUACUACUGGUAUACCACACUAUGCUAUAUGUUAAUACUACUAUUAUGAAUACUGUAGUCAGAUCCUUUACCUAAGUAAAAGUAGCAAAACCACAGUGUAAAAGUGCAUUGGACCUAAUAUGCUAAUUCAGUCUAUAAUUUAAGUUUUAUUUAAGUAAAAACAUUAUUAUUAUGAGAAGAUACAGUUGAUCUGUAACAGCACAACAUAUUUUAUGGGCUCAACGUGGCCUACCUGAGAUUUGUAAGACAGUCUUAUGUAAAUGUUCAUAGCGUUGGUAGCUUUGUUCCACCACUGCGCUGCUUGCCUAGUGUGUACCUAAUAAUAAUAAUUAUCAUAAUAACAUUCAUAAUGUAAUUCCAAUAAUAUUAGUAGUAGUGCUGAUGAUAAUAAUGAGGGGAAAUGCUGAUGGACCUGCUUUAUUAUUAUAAACAGCAGCUUGAUAGUAUAGCUGUAAUAGACUGCCUGACCUUACCGACACAUGGAAAACAUGUGGAGCUCUGACCUAUUCACUGAAGCCUGUGGUGUGUAUGUAGCCCUCUGGUGUGCCACAGGGAGACGUGCGUGGACGUUGAUGUAGCCCCGAGACAAGUCGCGUGCUACGUCGACAGUUCGAAUCUGUUUGUGUGUUUUAUGUGUUUAUUAAUUGAGCCUGUUUUGCCCAAUUUUGAAUAAAGUGAGUGUCAUUUCAAGGAGUGGUGUGGGGCUCCCUCUGGGGCCGAGAGUAAUUCAGUUGGAUGAAGUGCAGGGGUGUGUUGUGAUCAGCUUCUGGGAACUGGGUUUUGGAGAGAGGGUUAUCUGCAACUGAUAAGGGCCACAUUUAAAAGGCUGCGUUCGGAUGGGGCUCACUUACUGCAAACUGGUGGGAGCUGCAAUAGAGAUAUUAAAAUUAUAUUAAAUCUAGAUAUUAAAUUAAAUUAUGCUGCUGUUCGCCACCACUGCGUCCGCUGUCACUAUGUUUUUUUCGGUUGGAGUUCUUUGCAUGCCUCUGUUGGACCAAGCACCGCACAUCGCCCACGGCUGGGGCCAGGUGGUGCGGCUCAGGCACCUGUACGCCGCCAGACCGGGAUUGCACCUACUGAUCAGUGAGGAUGGACAGAUCCACGGCUCUGCAGACCAAACUCUGUACAGCCUGCUGGAGAUCCGUCCAGUGGAUACAGGCUGUGUUGUCAUCAGAGGAGCAGCAACCGCACGCUUUCUGUGCAUAGAAGGCGAUGGAACACUGUACUCAUCGCACAGCUACAGCAGAGAUGACUGUACCUUCAGAGAGCAGAUCUUGCCGGACGGGUACAACAUCUACACUUCAGAAAGACAUGGAGCCUUGCUCAGUCUGGGAGAUCACCGGCAGAGGCUGCAAGGUCAAGACCGAGGUGUCCCAGCUCUGGCCCAGUUCCUCCCCAGGAUCAGCAUCCUAGAUCAGACCUCAUAUCCUGAUCACUCAAGGCAGAGUGCAGCAGAAACAGAAGAACCUAUGGACACAAUGGACUCUUUUGGAAAGCUUUCUCAGAUCAUUCACAGUCCCAGUUUCCAUGAGAGAUGAGACAGCAACUCUAUGAUACCAAUACAUGGUUGUGUCCUGGGGAGAACCAUGCACUCCAUCCUGCAUGUUGUAAAACCAGGGACCGACUGUACUUCCAGGUGGCAACAUUCUUCCUGCACUGUCCCGUCAGUCAGGUCCAAACAAAAUACAAGUGCAGUGUCCUAAAGAGUGGGGAAUAACACCUGCACUGAGCAUGAUCUUUCAUCCUGACAUUUUCAGCAACAACCUUUACAGAAUACCGAACAAGCAGCUGGAGUGUGCUCGUUCAGCCUUGCUGCGAACAAGCUGAUAUGCACAUGGAUGGAUGUGUUAGACAUUCUGGUUUGUUCAGAGAGACGAAAAGGUGCAGCACCCAGUAUCCAUAGCUAAACCAAGAGUAGCACCUAUGGAAAGCAGAAAAAGGAAAAGAAUGUUAUAUUAGUCACACUGUUAGAUCCCAAUAAGUACAGUGCCACAUGAAGGAGCGCUAAAAUGUGAUCAGACUUUUUGCCCAUUGAUUCUUUGCCACCCUAACACAAAGUCUUUCUGUUGAGGACAGACAGCAAGUAUGCUUCCCAGCUGUUUCUUCUUCUGGUUGAAGAAGAAUCUCCUCAGUAAACUAAGGAAGGGGAACAAGACUUUGCCAUCUGUAGCUGAGGAUCAGGAUGUUAGUAAAAUUAAUUGCAAAAGGGUAGUAAGUUAAAAGCAUGACAGGCAAAAUGUAUAGUCUUCUUGCAGCAGUUUAUUUGUUGUAUUUAUUUGAUUAUUUAAAGGUCCACUAGUUUCACUGUGAAUAUCUUGAAUUCUUUUUUGAUUGCAACUGUAAAGCAACAGUUUGGACUGACAGAAGACUUUUGAAUAAAGUUAUAAUGAAUCAUUCCAAACAGGGUCACUAUGUGAGACUAAUGCUUGUUAAAGUGAAAAUACAAAAAAUAAAUAAAUGAUGGUUUUCAAACAUUUAUUUCUAGUCUGCAUAUAUGCAUUCAUCCAUCCAUUUUCUAUACUGCU